CCCAUGAUGCCACGGUUCCGCGUCAUCCCGGAAGUUUGGCAAAUGCAAGUGCGGCGUGGCCCGGGAUAGGUUUUACAGGCAUGGAAAUGUCUCGUUUAUCAAAGAAAAGAAAGUUGGACAAAAGUGUCCAGGACGACCUGUAUUUUGACAGCUACUCCGACGUAACCAUUCACGAAGAGAUGAUCGCGGACAGCGUGCGCACGGACACCUACAGGUUGGGAAUUACGCGGAACGGCCAUGUUAUCCAGGGCAAAGUGGUGCUGGACGUGGGUGCGGGAACUGGCGUGCUCAGCAUCUUCUGCGCACAAGCCGGGGCCAGGAAGGUAUAUGCGGUGGAGGCCAGCUCGAUCGCCGAGCAGGCCAUGGAGGUAGUCAGGCUGAAUCACAUGGAGGACCAGGUCACGGUGAUCCGGGGUGCCCUAGAGGCGGUGCAGCUGCCUGAGAAAGUUGACGUCAUCGUCAGCGAGUGGAUGGGUUAUGCACUGCUCCACGAGUCCAUGCUGAAUUCCGUACUGCUCGCCCGGGAUAGGUGGCUGAAGCCCGGCGGCCUGCUGCUGCCCUCCAAGGCCGAGCUAUUCGUAGCGCCUAUUAACGACCUGGCGGUGGAGGAGCGCCUAGGCUUCUGGGGCACGGUGAAGGAGCGCUACGGCGUGGACAUGUCCUGCAUGACUGGCUUCGCGCAGAAGUGCAUCAUGAACAAUGACAUCGCUGUGAGCCUGGUCACUGUGGAGGAUGUGCUGUCCCACCCCUGCCGUUUUGCCGAGCUGGACCUGCUCACGGUCACUGAGGAACAGUUAAGGAGCGUCCAGGGCAGCUUCAGCUGUGCCUGCUUCGGCUCCUCUACCGUGAACGCAUUUUGUGUUUGGUUCACUGUCACUUUUCCAGGGGCAGAGAAACCCCUAGUGCUCUCCACAUCCCCUUUUAAACCAGAGACACAUUGGAAGCAGGCAGUCCUGUACCUGGAUGAGCCCGUGGAGGUGAUGCAAGACACCAGAGUAGAAGGGGAGAUAACGAUGUUCCCCUCGGAAGAAAGUUCCAGACAUAUCUGCAUCAAUGUGGAAUUUAGUAUAGGAGACCUUAAAAGGAAAAACAAGACUUUUUCAAUUCCUGAUGGAUACUCGGAUGUCCAAUAAAAUUGAUUGAUACUAGUGUUUAUUAUUAUUGACUUGGGUUUGUUACUUGUAGGUGGAGCAGAACUUCUUUGGAGAGUAAAGAUUAGUAAAGCACAGGAAAGCGUUUAUGUGGGAUAAAUUUAAGCAGAUACGAGAGUUAAUUUCAUCCCUUAAUUAUAGAAAUUCUGUCUAAAAGGAAACUUGAAUUUUAUAGCAGUUUAUUUUAAUGCCAGAAGCCAAUGUUUGGUAACAAUCUUCAUAAGGAGAAGAGUUAUUGAUAAUGGGUUGGAUUUCAAAAAUAAGUUUGCCUUAUUUAAUAACUUUUUUCUACAUUUUUUCUCCUUGUGAAUUUCUUGAAAUAAUUUUUAUGUAACCUGUUAUUUUGCCCUUGGUAUGUUUGCACACUGUCAUAUGACAGUAGUAUUAUUGUAAAUGUUAUAAAUAAUUAGUUGUGGUUAAUAAUAAAAAGUAGCCCUGUAA